AUGCCGCGGGGCGCGUCGGUCGACGACGAAGACGGUUACGCGGGUAUAGCUCGAGCGCGGCGCGAAACGCCCGCCGCGUGGACGCAUCUCCCCGCCAAGCGCAGAUCCGACAUCGACGUCGGAGGAUCCGAGGGGACGCGCGCGUCGGACGGUCGAACGCCGGUGCCCGCGACCCCGGCCUCGCCGAAACGCGCCGACCGAUUGAUCCCGCUCGCAUCCGCCCCGAAGACUGUCGGCGCCGCCUCGAACGGAGUCGCGGCGCGCAAGCCCGGCAAGAAGCGCGGGCGCGGCAAACGGAGCGUCGCCGAGGGAAAACCAACCAAGGACAUCGACGCCAGGAUCGGGCGGCUCCUCCGCAUCGCCGUCGACCCGAAGGGCGAACCGUUGACCGACGCGACGGACACGGACGACACGCGCUGGCAUUGGCAGGCGGGUAUCGUCACCGAGUGCGAAGUCUUCGACGGCGGUAGGCUCUACUUCGUGUACAAGGGGCGGUUCAAAGACUGGUACAGCGCCGCCGAGGUGCUCGACCGAAACGAAGAAGCGGGCGUGCCCAGCCCGCACUUCCCCGACUGGCUCGACAUAAUCGAGCUCGAGGGCCGAGGCCUGGUGAAGUACCUCGACCUGCACAUGGAGCCGCACCCGAGGUCUCCCGAGCGACUCGGCGUCGAGCCGCGUCGAACCCCCGAGCCCACCGGUCGCGAGGCCGACAACACCGGACUCGACAUCCUGGCCGAGGCGACGAAGCAGAUGAAGGCGGGUGGAUCGGCGGCGACGCCAGAGGCGAGCGGCGACCGGCCAACAUCCGGCAGCGCCUUUAUCAGCGGUCUCAUCGGAUCCGAGGGUUUUGUCGCCGCGAGGAAGAAGCCGAGGCCGGCGAGGGGCAGAAACCUCAGAUUCGAAGACGACGACGACGAGGCUGACGAGGCGGACGAGCCGGAUCCGACCAGUCACCGACCAGUCACCGACCAGUCCCCGACGACGCCUGCCGGUAUCGUCCGCACGGAACCGGACGGCGCGUGGACCGAGGCGGCUCGGUUGAUGAACCAGCUCAGGGGGGGCGAGGAGUCCAUGGAGACCCUCGGUAGGGCCCUCGGGGAGAAAACUCCGCGCGGGACGGCGGCGCGGGCCUGGCGGGAGGUGUCCAGCCCGCCGCCGCCGCCGACUCGCGAAGACGAAGCCGCGAGGUCGGCAUCGCCGGCCGAAGCGCCGAGGAGCGCCACCCCCGCGCGGCUGCGGCUGGAGACGCCUCUGGGGAAGGUACUCGGCGGGAUGGGCGCAAAUCUCCUUCGCAAGUUGCCCGAGUUUCUUCCCAUGGACGAGGACGUCGAGGAGGAACCCCCGAGGGACCGCGGCGAAGAGGAGGGACCGGGGGGCGAGGAUGCCCCGGGCGAGGACGCCGAAGCGCCGGGGGGGCAUUUCGAGUUAGUGGAAUCCCCGUGCGACGACGUCGAUGAAACGAAGGAAGAUGACACGGAGGAGGAGAAGGAGACGGAUGAGGAGGAGAACGACGACGAGGACGAGGAGGAGAACUGCGACGAGGACGAGGAGAAACGCGGAGAUGGGGAGGAGAGGAAGGUUUCCGAGGCGGACACUCCAGAGCCAGACGCCCCGAAGCCAGACGCCGCCGCCGCCGCGAUCCUCGCCGAGGGUGUCGCCGCGCUCAUCGCCAGGAUCGAGUCCAACGCGGCGACGCGCGCGAGUCUCACGACGCGAGCCGACGCGAUCAUCGCGCACGUCGCCGCGAUCGAAGCGGAGAACGAGGAGCUCGGCAGGACGAUCGCGGCGAUGACCGCCGCCAUCGACACGCUGACGGGGAAAAACUGA